AUGGAGAAACCUUUGCCGAGGAAGUUCAAGAUGCCUCAAAUAAAUCCUUAUUCAGGAAGGGACGACCCUUACGAUCACGUGCAAAACUAUGAAUCUUUAAUGAUGCUUCAUGGAUGGGACGACGAGAUAAUGUGCAGGGCAUUUCCUUUAACCCUAACUGGGCAUGCUCGAGCCUGGUUUAACGGCUUACCCAAGGCAUCUAUCUCUUCAUUCGGGCAGCUAAAAACAGAAUCUAUCAAAGCGUUUAUUAUUAAUAGUCAGAGAAAGAAAGAUGCGACAUAUCUGCUUAGCAUUCGACAAGGGAAUAAAGAGACCCUACGAUACUACGUGGACAGAUUUCGAAAUGCCACACUUGAGAUCUGGACACGACUAACCCCUUUACAAGAAUCAUUAUCCCUGGACCCUCCGAAAUCUCUGGCAAACCUGUUCGUUAGGGCUAACAGGUACAUACUCCAUACGGAGAUGAUGAGAACGGUAGGGGGAAGUGAAGACGGAGAGAGAAAGAGGAAAGAACGAGAUAUUGAAGAAGGAUCAAACCAGCGAAAAGAACGGAUCAGGAGGUCUGAUACAGUGGGGCCACAAUUCCAUCAUUACACUAGGCUCAAUCAACCCCGAUCAACUAUAUUGGUGGUAGUAGAGGGGUCUGGUCUCCUCCAGCUUCCGAAAAAGGCAGAUCGCCCUAUGGGGAGAAAUCAAGAAGAGUACUGCAGGUAUCACCGAACUCGGGGACACUCUACUGAUCAGUGUAGGGAGCUAAAAAAUCAGAUCGAAGCACUUAUUCGUGAGGGACACUUGCAAAGAUAUGUAAGGACUGAAGGAAGAAAUGACAGAGACCGUCAAAGGAGGGAAGAAAGACCCGAAGGUCAAGAUAGACGAAAUUUACGGCAAAAUGAAGGGAUAAGGGAUGACAGAAUGGUGGCCCCCCCUGACAAUGAGCCAACUCAUCAAGCCAUUCAUGUUAUCUCUGGGGGCGAGACUUUAGCUGGAAAUACUUCUUCUUCUCGAAAGGCCUAUGCCCGUCAGGCCUACCAAGUCAAUUCCGUGAUGGAGGUAAGAGAGGACGAGGAGCCAAUCAUGUUCACCCCUGCUGAUAGAGGUGAUAUAAUACUCCCACAUGACGAUCCAAUGGUAAUUUCUACAGUUAUCGCCAAACACCCCAUCAGUAGAAUUUUGGUGGAUAGCGGCAGCUCUGUUAAUCUAAUCGAUUGGAAUUGUUUCGAACAAAUGCACAUAUUCCAAGACCGAUUGAAAAAAGUGUCCUCUCCCCUGUACAGCUUCACUGGAAAAGUUGUCUCGAUGGCAGGAUCUGUUCAACUACCUGUCACAUUGGGCGCCGACCCUCAAAGUGUGACUCGAAAGGCCAAUUUCAUGGUGGUCAAAGCCCUUUCCGCAGCAUACAACAUGAUUUUAGGCCGACCGCUCCUCAAUGAUAUGAGGGCUGUAGUGUCCUCUUGUUACUUAUUAAUGAAAUUCCCCACGCUCUCAGGAGUAGGGCAAGUUCGUGGAGAUCAGAGGAAGGCAAGGGACAAGGAAUUGCCAAAGGACUACUACGGGCUGAAACGCCCAUAG